AUGACACUACCAAAUAGAUUAGGAUACAAUUCUAAACAACAUGCUUUACAGAAGAGAUAUCUUCAACAACAACAGCAACAACAAACACUUGUUGCUGCUCAUCAAUUUGCUGCUGAUCCAAAUUAUGCAGCACUUUCUCAACAACAAUUAAGUUAUGGAACUCAAAUGCAAGCUAAUCAAUAUGGAGCAGCAUUUAAUAGUCAACCACAUUAUCAAGCACAACAAUUACAAAUGUUUAAUAAUCAAGCAGCUGCUGGUAUGAUGGCAAAUCAAGGAAUGAUGCAAACUCAAAUGAUGUCUCCACAAAUGUCACCUGCCAUGUCUCAAACAAAUCAAAUGAUGCCUUCUCCUGCUCCAAAGAAAUCUAAAAAGAGAAAGAGUCAAGCAGCUAGUUCAAACGAUGUCAGUCAACAAACUUUUUCAACUCCAGAAAUUCAAAAAAAGAAGAAACCUAAAAAGAAAACCGAAACUCCAGAAAAUGAAGAAAGUUCAGCAAAUAUUUCUUCAACUCCAACACCACCUUCCAUUCAAUUUGGUAAUUCAGGUAUAAUCAAAUCACCUAAAGUAAUUAAGGAAGAAAUUACUCAAAUUAAUGAAGUUUUUGAAAAGGCAAUUGUUUCUCUAAUUGACAGAUUUAAAAAUGUCAAAAUUAGAGAAAAGACACAUUUAUUUGCCAUUCAACCAUCUUUAUUAACUUAUAAGGAAGAAGAAAAGUAUAAACCUAAGGAAGAAGAAAUUAUUACAACAUUUCCUUCAAAUAAUGCAACAUCUAGUCAGGAUGGAGGUACUGAAGAAGGAUCAGCUUCUACUUCAGUUGCUCCACAACAAUCUCUUUUCAAUGCAACUCAACAAGUCAAGCUAAUUCAAAAUUAUCCAGUAUUUUCUGUAAAUAGACAAAAUGAUGUAUCAUUGAUUGAUAAUUCACAAUCAACAUUGCAAGAAGAAGAAAAGAGUAGAAGAAGAUUAUUCUACAAGGAUGGUCAAUCAGAAUAUUUAACCUCAGAAGAUGUAAUUGAUGAAAUUGUUCGUGAUACUGAUUGUUACUUUAAGAGAGAAAUGUUAAUUCAUAAUGGAUUGAGUGAAACUCAGAAUAAUAUCAUUUCAUUCCUUCACGCUAGAACUAUUCAAUUCAUUGAAAAUAAUAGAUCAAAAUUUGAGAAAUUCCUUUCAAGUGCUGAUAAUGUAACUCAAUUGACCAUGUUUUUGAAUCAACAUGAAGAAUUCCAACCACUCAUGCAUCAAUUACGUUCUGUUAUUGAACAUGCAGGUCAUAUCUUUGAAGAAAGGACAAGAGAAGAAGCAUCUUCAAUUAUUUUACAAUCAGGUUCAACAGCUGAUGUUACAGAUGAAGCAAUUGAUCAAUUCCAAUCAACACAAGAUGAUAUGAAUCAAGACAAGAAUGUAGCUCUCAUUGAAAUGACACCUAGAGAUAUUUUACUUGUUUUCCUUGGUAAAGAUGCAAAUAGUGAAAGACAUGAAGACGUUACAACAUUCUUGGACAGAUUCAAAGAACUUCAAAAGCAAUACAGAGUAGAGUGUAGUUAUAUUGAUGAUGCCUUAAAGAAAUGGCAAGAAACUUUUGAGAGAGUGUUAAAUAAUCAAUCAUCUUUCAGAGUUGUUAGUUUUGAGGAAAAACACAGAUGUAAGAAAUCACUUGAAGCUCGUUUUGGUUUAAUGAAACAACUCUUGAAGGACAAGUAUCUCACAAAGAUUUUAAGUACACAAGAAAAUACAUUGAUGAGAUCAAAGAGAAGAGGCAACCUUCCAAGACAUGCAACCAAUGUUUUGAAAUCAUGGUUAUACUCUCACUUCCUUCAUCCAUAUCCAACUGAAAGCGAAAAGAAAGAUUUGUGUAUGGAAACUGGUCUCACUCUCACUCAAGUUAACAAUUGGUUCAUUAAUCAACGUGUGAGAACUUGGAGACCAAUGUUAGAAUCCAUGUUAGAUGGUGAUCAAAAGGAUAAGGCAACACCAUCCUCCUCCAAACCUCAAGAAGGAAAGAAGAGAGGAAAGAGGAAUCAACAAUCACCAGUUCAGCAACAACCAAUUCAACAACAAAUUCAACAACAGGUUCAACCCCAAAUGAUGAAUCCAAAUUUAAUGGGAAUUCCAGAUUCGAUGGGAUCUCCAAAUUAUGCCUAUGCCAAUUGGUCUUCAAAUCAAUAUGGUGAUCCAAACUUUCCAUUUUUCCCUGGUGAUGUAACAGAUGAACAGCAAUAAUUGUAAAUAAAUUUAUUAAACAUUUAGGU